AUGGAGGGAGAUACUGAGAAAGAGACAGCAGAGGAGAAGGAGAGUGAUGACACAGAGCUGUCUGGUGAGGAAAGGGCGGGGCGACUUCAUCAGAAUGGAGGAUCCUCGGAGGACGACCAGGACCUACCCAUCAUGCAGUGGGGGGACCUGAGCCUGCGUAUCGCCGAGCUGGAGAAACAGGAGGAGGAGAGGAGGGAGAGGUUAAAGGUUAGAGGGCAUGAAGGGAGGGAGUAGACGUUUUUGUGAUUUGCCCUUAACGACAGAUCUGAGAUUAGCUUACCUGCCCCAAAUCAAGACCUUAACAAUUAGCGGGAACAACACAACAUUGACCUUAGAUCAGAAUCUAGGGGUAACUUCAUCCUACUUCUCUCUUUGCCUUACACAUGUGUGUCAUCUACUGGUAUUAGGCUGAAAGCUGGAGCCCGAGAUCACAGUAAUAACCUCUGUUAAUAAGAUGAUAGGAAUAACACCCUGUGAACCCCUGGCAUUGGGCUCCUGAGUGGCGCAGUGGUCUAAGGCACUGCAUCUCAGUGCUUGAGGCGUCACUACAGACCCCCUGGUUCGAUUCCAGGCUGUAUCACAACUGGCCGUGAUUGGGAGUCCCAUAGGGCGGCGCAUCCAGGUUUGGCCGGUGUAGGCCGUCAUUGUAAAUAAGAAUUUGUUCUUAACGGACUUGCCUAGUUAAAUAAAGGUAAAAUAAAAUAAAUAAAAAAUUGAAGAUGAAGUUGUCUGUUUGAAAAAAACUGCAGAGAUGGGAUUAAUGACACCCUUACUUACACUCUCAACUCCCCUGCCACCACACGUCUCCACCACUUCCCUCCUCCCAUGUCCUCCAUCCCUGAUCCCUCCCUCUGUUCCUCUCUUUCAGAGUACGAGUGGGUCGGAACAGGGGAGUGUGUCAGGGGGCUGGGCGGAGAAGAGGCAGGAUGGGCUGCGGAGGAGAGAGGAAUGGCAGGAGGAGGACUACGGAAGGUGUCGAGUAACUGUUGUCUCAUCUAGGUAACAAAUGUCAAAAACAGUCAAUCUCAUUAUAAACUUCAUUCUGUAUUCUCUGAAACCAUCUAAUUUCUGUUCUUUCUGUUCAUGCAAUUGUUGCCUUUUGCUUUUCUUAUUACAGAUUCCACAACCACAAAAAUCUACAGUUAUGCUACACCAACAACAGUGAGAGCGAGGAUGGUGAUGAUGAGGAGGAGGGGGCUGGCAAAGAGGUGAGCGAUUCCCUCCUCUUUUAUAGUUUAGCUCAAGACUGGGACAAAAACCUGCACACAUUGCGGCACUCUAGGACCAGGUGUGAAGAACACUGUUCUACAGCGAUGUAUCAUUCAUUCAUCUAUCAGGGUUGGGGUCAAUUCCAUUUAAAUUCCAGUCAAUUCAGGAAGUCCACUCAAAUUCCAAUUCCAACUCUCAAUGCUUUUCAAUUAUGAAAAUGUGGAAUUGGAAUUUGGUUUACUUUCUGAAUUGAAAUGGAAUUGACCCCAACCCUGACAUCCAUACUCAUGCCAUUUUGUGUUUAUUGUUUAUUGUCAGGGUUCUAUAGAGGCAGGUAGCCGUGGUUACCAUCCCUCUGGCCUGAAGCUGGAGGUGAGGGCCGCACUGAGUGCGCUCAAAAACAAGCUGCUCGCUGAACAGAAAGAGAAGGAGGUAAGAAGGAUGGUGAAGGGAGACUGUGAGUGUGGACUGUGGAGAUAGAGGGAAACGGCGAGCAUUGGAUGGGAGAGAGGUGAGGAUUGGUAUGUGUGGUGAAUAAUUCCUGUGUGUGUGUGUUUGUCUCAGCACCUCGCCUGCAGUAGUGUGAUCACUAAGAGGAAGCAUCUGGAAUGCUGUGACCUGCAGAUCUGCUCAAUACAGCAGCUCAACUCCAUCAGGACCUCACUUAACUAUGGCAUACACAGUCAGUAGGCAGUCAUUACAUGGAAAUCAUGAUCAUUACAUGGAAAAAAAAGUGGUUAUUACAUGGUAAUAACUUGUUAGUAAAUGCACUGGCAUGUGAGUGCUUGCUGUACGGUUUGUGCAUUUUUGGAUCUAUAUGUAUUUGUGCCUUGUUGUUGUGCUUUUCAUGUGACAAUAGUAGUAAUACUAGUAAUAUUCUAUUCUUGUAGACCUGAGCUCAGAGUUGGUGGGUCACCUGUUGAUAAGAGACCAGCUGAGGACCAAACAGGACGCCAUGCUCCUGGACGUACAGGAUCUGACAUAA